AAUGAAAUCUACAUUAGGAGUACUCAGUUCUUUCCUUAUCUUUGCCUUUGUGACUAGGUCAUUGCCUGUGGCAGCCGGUGCUACACCUGAUCCAGUGCUUGACAUCGCUGGCCAGAAGCUCUGCACAGGCACCCAAUAUUACAUCUUGCCAGUUGUCCGUGGGAGAGGUGGUGGUCUUACUCUUGCCAGCACCGGGAAUGAAACCUGUCCUCUUGACGUUGUUCAGGAGCAACUUGAGGUAAAAGAUGGCCUGCCAUUAACAGUUUCACCUGUGAACCUCACAAAAGGUGUUGUCCGCGUAUCCACUGAUAUGAACAUCAAGUUCUCCGCCGCAACAAUCUGUGUCCAAUCCACUGUGUGGAAGCUUGACAGCCAUGAUGACUCAUUGGGACAGUGGUUCGUGACAUCUGGCGGAAUCGAAGGAAAUCCUGGUCGCAAAACAACGAGCAACUGGUUUAAGAUUGAGAAGUAUGAUAACGACUACAAGCUUGUGUUCUGCCCUUCAGUGUGUGAUUUCUGCAAAGUUCUAUGCAGAGACAUCGGCAUUUAUAUUGAUGGCAGGAUACGCCGCCUGGCUUUGAGUGAUGUUCCAUUCAAAGUCAUGUUCAAGGAGGCUUGAAGUUGAAGAUCCUUUCAAUAAAAGUUUUUUCAG